UUUGUUUUCUGAUCACAGUCAUGACUAGAGCCAAGAUCGAACUUGCUUACAUAACAGAUCCUGCAAAGAGGAAAGCAACUUUCAAGAAAAGGAAAAAUGGUUUGAUGAAAAAGAUCAGUGAAAUCACUGUCCUUUGUGGGAUUGAUGCAUGUGCUGUAGUGUAUAGUCCUGAUCUGCCUAACAAGCCAGAGGUUUGGCCAUCUGAAUCAGAAGCCAGAAGUGUGAUUUCCAAGUUCAAUGGUGUGCCUGAGGCUGAGAAAAGAAAGAAAAUGUUCUGCCAAGAAAGCUUUUUAAGACAGAGAAUUGACAAAGGCAAAGAGCAGCUGAAGAAACUGAAGAAUGAAAAUAGGAAGAGGGAGAUUAACCUUCUCAUGUGUGAAUACCUCACUCAUGGAGGCAACAACCUUGACAGUAACAACAUGAGUUAUCUCAAGGACUUUUCAUUCUUCACUGAUCAAAAUUUGGAUGAAAUUAGAAACAAAAUCACUAUGCUCCAAACCCAAGAGGAGACACCAGAAACCAUGGAUCAAGGAGAGCAGGCACAGGUUCAUGUGCCAAAGACCAAUUUUUCUAGAAAAAUAAUAAAAAAACUAAAUUAGUCUGUGGAUAUAUAACAUCAAUGCUGGUGAUGAGAAUGAGUGUUAACAU